GAUAAGGCCCUGGCCAAUAAAAGGAACAUGUUUUUUAAGUUCUGCGUAUGGGAGAUGUUCUUCCUUUCUGCAUGGUCACCAACUGGACAUGCUGAGUACAGUAGCCUUCCAGAAGUAGUGAUACCCUUGAGGGUCGCUGUCACUAGCAGAAGUACUAUUUCCCCCAGUUGGCUGUCUUAUAGCCUGCACAUUGGGGGCCAGAGACACAUAAUCACUAUGAAACCCAAGAAAAACUUGAUAUCCAGAAACUUCAGACUAUUCACUUACACUCAGCAAGGUGAUCUCCUUGAAGAGCAGCCUUUUGUGCAAACUGACUGCUACUACCAUGGCUAUGUGGAUGAAGACCCAGAAUCCCUGGUCAUUGUUAACACCUGUCUUGGGAGUUUGCAAGGCAUACUAGAGAUAAAUGGUACAACUUAUGAAAUCAUGCCCAAGAGCUCAACUUCCACAUUUGAACAUCUGGCUUACAAAAUGGACAGUGAGGAGUCAGAAUCCUCUCCCAUGAUAUGUGGGUUGUCAGAAGAAGAAAUAGCAAGACAAAUGAAGCUUCAAGAAAGCACUGCUGCCACACUUUUGCAAAUCCCCUAUGAGAAUUGGUGGACCCACCACAGGUUCGUUGAAUAUUUUGUAGUAAUAGACAAUAGACAAUAUAUUCAAAGAAAUAGCAAUACCACAACUUGUAUUCAAGAUAUGUUGCAAAUCGUCAAUGGAAUAAAUGGCUAUUAUCUUCAAAUUGAUACUGAUGUGGUUUUAACCACUCUUGAAGUGUGGAAUGAAAAAAACCAUGUCAAUGUGCAACAAACUAUAGAUAGCGUCCUAAAUGAUUUCUGUGAGUGGAAGCGAAACAUGAUCGGCAAUCAUGUUAAAUAUGAUAUCAUACACCUUUUUGUCAGACGCAGAUAUGGUAUGUAUUUAGGGUUAGCUAAUGUAGGUGCAGUUUGUACACCUUAUAACUGUGCAAUUAACAGUUUUGUUUCUAAUGUAAUGUCAGACAUGGCAUUCAUUGUAGCACAUGAGAUGGGUCACAACUUGGGUAUGGGGCAUGAUGUAAGUGGAUGUACUUGUGGUUUAGAUAGUUGCAUAAUGGCCCCAUAUAAAUCUAAUUCCCCCAAAUUCAGCAACUGUAGUUAUGAACAAAUGUAUGCAGUUGUUACCACAAAAAGUUGCUUAUACAAUAUUCCAGAAGAACUAGUAACAAACCUAACCAUAUGUGGGAAUAACUUGGUUGAGGAAGGAGAGCAGUGCGAUUGUGGGAACACUGAAUCCUGUUUAAAAGACCCAUGCUGUAGCCAAGACUGUGUUCUCCAACCUGGGGCUCAAUGUGCCUUUGGACUUUGUUGCAAAAAUUGCCAGUUCCUUCAAACAGGCACUGUUUGUAGAGAAGAGAAAAAUGAGUGUGACCUUCCAGAGUGGUGCAAUGGAACUUCAGCUGAGUGUCCAGAAGAUGUGUAUAAAGAGGACGGAACCCCUUGCAGUGAUGAGGGUUAUUGCUAUAAAAUGGGAUGUCAUCAACGUGAGGAACAGUGUCGGAAGAUUUUUGGCAAUGGAAGCAGAAGUGCAAAUAAAAUUUGCUACACAGAAAUGAACAAACGGGGCGACCGUUUCGGUAACUGUGGUAAUGAUAGCUUUACAUACAGAAGAUGCCAACUUGCUGAUGUACUCUGUGGGCGAAUUCAGUGUGAGAACGUGACAGAACUGCCCCAAAGGAGAAAUCAUGAAACAGUGCAUUACACUCACUUCAAUAAUAUCACCUGCUGGACUAUGGACUAUCAUUUUGGGAUUACCAUAGAUGACUCUGGAGCAGUGACCGAUGGCACAGCUUGUGCGCCAGACUAUUUAUGUGUUGACCGAAAGUGUGUCAGCAAAUCUGUUCUAGUAAGUAACUGUUCACCACAGUUAUGCCAUAUGCAAGGUGUCUGCAACAACAAACACCACUGCCAUUGUGACAUCACAUGGGAACCACCAGACUGUCGACUACGUGGCCAUGGAGGUAGUAUAGACAGUGGACCACCUCCACUGACUUUCUCAAAUUCUAAUUGGGCUUUAUACAUCAUAGGUUUUUUAAUUGUUUUAUCAGUUGUAAUAGUUUCUUUAGUUGGCAUAAUUAAGAGGAACGAAUGA